GGAAUUUCUCUCGUUUUGGGAGUCACACAUGAUACAGUUCCUCCUAUAAAAGUAGUCUUUUUUGUUGCAGGUAGUUUAUCGCCAUGCCAAAGCAAAUUACUGAGAUCAAGGACUUUUUGGUGUUGGCACGCCGAAAGGAUGCGAAGAUCGUUAAGAUCAAGAAGAAUAGCCUCAAUGUGAAAUUCAAGGUCCGCUGCAGCAGAUAUCUCUUCACGUUGGUUGUCAAUGACAAGGAUAAGGCGGAGAAGCUGAAGCAAUCUUUACCUCCCGGCAUCCAGGUCAUUGAGCUGAAGUAAAAGGUCAAAUGGCGUCU